CAUGCCGCCAAUCUGACAAACUCCUCGAUGCCAGAUCGCUGCAUGCAGCACAUGCAGACGCAACAACGCCACUACGAAAAAGAAACCUUCCAGGCUAUAUAACACGACGUAACUCGUGUGUCGGCAUACCGAAGGGUCCUGUGAGUCGGCAGUUGCUCACCGCCUCGCGAGCUACGCCCUAUACAUUGCGCGAGACGUCUUUGUAGUUCGCUUGAUUUCGGUUUUGUCUUGUCUCUUUCGGUUGUUCUACUCUGCUUUGGCUCAGAGCUGGUACCCCUGUACAAAUUUCGGCACUGUUCGGCAUCCCGACGUUUGCAUGGCCCCUCCUAUACCGAGACGACGGAACAGACCGAAAAUUACUCCCUUGCACAAAAGAGGAACUUCUCCUAAAGGAGGACUGGAAACCUUGGGUUCUAUCCACCAGAAAGAAACCAAUGAUCCAGUCAAUCCCACGCCGAAUUCCUCGCGUGCUGAUGCUAUGCCGUCCACUCAAAGCCAACUGGAACAGCUCCCACUGGAAGUCGUCAAUCACAUUCUGUCUUACAUUGUCCAUCCACGUUCCAGGUUACCCGGACUAACUGAGAAACAAAGCACCCUUCGAGACGCUAAAAGCCAAAGAGAGAUAAAACUCACGGAGGACUUGGAAAGUCCCCCGGACACCGACCGUUUCGCUGCCAAUCUCUUCGCCUGGACCAGUAUCCGUCAUCCUUUCAACGCUCUGGCUGCUUCCUCCCGGCAAUGCCGCGAAUUUGUGGAGAGCUACUGCGAGCACUUAGUCAAAAGCUGCAACAGAUUUAACCUCCCGUUCGCUCAAGUGGAGGGAAACGGCAAUCGCCUGGACUCCGUCUACCCCAGCCUUAGCUCUAUAGUCUAUCGCCGACUAUGGCUUCAAACCGCACCUCGGAGCUGUCUUUACUGCGGUGCCUUUAUGAGCCAAUAUCCCUACCCCGAGCUACCCGUGCGGUACCGUCUGAUGCUUUGCUGUAGAGACUGCUUCUUCGCACAAACACUGGAUCUAUACGAGGUACAGCACCAAUACCACAUCAUCGACCCGGGCAUCCUCGCCAAAUAUGGAGUUCGCGGCUCGAGUCCACGAUAUGAAUGGAUUCUCCGAAUCGACGUCGAGGCACUGGCUCUGCAGCUUUAUGGCACGCGCGCCUUCCACGACACGCUUUCGCAGGGUUUGGAAGCCCACUGCAGUAUACCGAACUGCGGGCUCGCAGCUAACCUUCUUACACUGUCUCGUCAUCCUCCGGCAAGGAGACUACCCGGAAAUGUUUCGCCCGCGUCUCCACGGCGGAAUCGCCGCCGUGGUACCUAAGUCUGCGUUCCAUAACUGCUCUUUCUGCAUCACGUUAGGUAGACCAUGACUGGUGGCAUAAGACUGGAUCUCUCCUAUAAGAAUUUCAUUUCGUUUUCCUUGGACCAAGUCUGCUCUUCCUUUUUCUCCCCGAGGUACGGUGAGAAUUGCCAUGAUGGAUACCCCCAUUUUCUUUCGAGCGAUAGCAUUG